GUUUGUGAAAAUGUCUAAAAGAUUUUUGGCACAUGCCUUUGCAUCUUUUAGGGGUAGAAAGUCAUCUAGAUUUUAAAAAAUGGCACAACGGAGGUGGGACCUUCCACCACUCAGCUUCCAUCGAUUCAACGGCGCUGAUUGAAAUUGGAGCAAUGGUUCAUCCAGAUGCUGUGCUGGGUGCCAACGUUCGUAUUGGAUCAGGAGCUGUUGUUGGUCCUGCAGUUACUAUCGGUCAAUCCACGAAUAUAGGAUAUAAUGUUGCUCUCAGUAAUUGCAUUAUAGGUGAUUCAUGUUUAAUUCACAAUGGGGUGUGCAUUGGUCAAGAUGGGUUUGGAUUUUUUGUUGACGAGAAUGGCAACAUGUUGAAGAAGCCUCAAAUGCUGAAUGCUAGGAUAGGAAACCAUGUGGAGAUUGGUGCAAAUACGUGCAUUGACAGGGGCAGUUGGAGAGAUACAGUGAUAGGGGAUUAUUCAAAGAUAGAUAAUUUAGUUCAGAUUGGUCAUAAUGUAAUUAUUGGGAAGAGUUGCAUGCUUUGUGGACAAACUGGGAUUGCAGGUUCAGUAACGAUUGGAGACUUUGUAACUUUGGGGGGAAGAGUAGCUGUUCGUGAUCACGUCUCUAUUGCAACAAAGGUUCGGCUUGCUGCUAAUAGCUGUGUCACCAAGGACAUCACACAGCCUGGUGAUUAUGGUGGCUUCCCUGCUGUUCCUAUUCAUGAAUGGAGAAGACAAAUUGCUUAUCAGUAUCGAAUUUCAAAGAAGGGGAUUGCGUAGGGUUUUUAGAAAUGAUUUGUAUCUUCGAAUUAUGUUGCUACAAAACCACCCUUGUAAUAUAU